AUGAACAUACAUUUAACCCGCAAUUUUGGUUACUUCGAUGCUAUGGGCUUAAAAGGGCCCAAACCUGUAGCCAUAUUCGGUAAUUUAUGGGAUAUGAUGUAUACAUCAAAGCCUGAUAUAGAAAUACAACGCUAUCACAAAUAUGGCAAAAUUUACGGCAUUUUUGAGGGCAGUCGACCGAUUAUACAAGUGGGCGAUCCGGAGACUAUCAAACAGGUAUUGGUGGAGGAUUUCCGGCUCUUUAACACCAAAAUCCGUAUCACAAACGUUGGUCACCCUAUCAUCGACCGGAUGCUGGUGUCAGUGCGGGGCGAACAGUGGCGCCGUAUGCGGGCAGCCGUACAGCCGGCGUUCACCACCGCUCGCACGCGUCGCCACUACCCUCUGGUCAGGCAAUGCGUGACCGAACAGUUG